GCGCAUCCUCCUGAGAGUGAGGGCUGAGCAAGAGAGAGCACGGCCGGGGACGGGGAAGGCGGAUAACAACAUGAGCUCCCGGAAAGUGAUGGCCAUCCAGGCCAGAAAGAGGAGGCCGAAAGGGAAAAAAGACAAAGCAGCCGUUCAGCGAAGGCCUGAGACUCAGCAAAAAGCCCCCUCGGCGGCCCCUCCCCCUCCGCCUCCACCGCCGCCCCCCGAGCCUGUGGCCCCCCCGGAGCCGGAGGAGGAGAUCCUGGGCUCUGACGAUGAGGAGCAGGAGGACCCUGCCGAUUACUGCAAAGGAGGGUACCACCCGGUGAAGAUCGGGGACCUGUUCAACGGGAGGUACCAUGUGAUCCGCAAGCUGGGCUGGGGUCACUUCUCCACCGUCUGGCUGUGCUGGGACAUCCAGGGGAAGCGCUUUGUGGCGAUGAAGGUGGUGAAGAGCGCUCAGCACUACACUGAGACAGCGCUGGACGAGAUCAAGCUGCUCAGAUGUGUACGGGAGAGUGACCCCAGUGACCCCAAUAAGGACAUGGUGGUUCAGCUGAUAGAUGACUUCAAGAUCUCAGGAGUGAACGGGAUUCAUGUGUGCAUGGUGUUUGAGGUGUUGGGGCACCACCUGCUGAAGUGGAUCAUCAAGUCCAACUACCAGGGGCUCCCUCUGCCCUGUGUCAAGAGCAUCAUCCGACAGGUCCUGCAGGGGCUGGACUAUCUGCACAGCAAGUGUAAGAUCAUCCACACGGACAUCAAGCCAGAGAACAUCCUGCUGUGUGUGGAUGACGCCUUCGUGCGCAGGAUGGCUGUGGAGGCCACCGAGUGGCAGAGAGCCGGGGCGCCCCCCCCCUCCGGCUCCGCAGUCAGCACCGCACCCCAGCUCAAACCGGUGGGGAAGAUCUCCAAGAACAAGAAGAAGAAGCUGAAGAAGAAGCAGAAGCGGCAGGCGGAGCUGCUGGAGAGGCGCAUGCUGGAGAUCGAGGCGCUGGAGCGCGAGGCGGAGAGACAGCGGGCCAGCGAGGCCCCGUCCCCUCAGAGCCUGCUCCCCGCCUCCGGCGUCGCCCUCGACGACAGCGAUGACGACAACGAGGAAGACGAGCCCGAGGAGGAAGGAGAGGGAGAGGAAGAGGGGGAGAGAGAGAGGCCGACGAGGCUGACCAAUCACACCUGUGCAGACCUGCAGCAGCAGCAGGCUGAGGAUCUGUCGGGCACAGAGAGCCCCCCGGAGGGGAACCCCAACCCUAAGACAGAGGCCCCAGGGGGGACCGGGGUGGGGGGUGAGACUGGGGUCGAGGCGGAGGGAGAGGGAGAGGGAGAGACAGGGAGGAAGGAGCAGGAAGAGGAUGAGGAAGAGGAGGAUGAAGAUACAGAGGAAGAGGAGGAAGAGGAGGAAGGAGAACAGGAGCCCACAGUGGCCAGCGAGCCUGCAGAGGAGAAAGAAGAUCCACAGAAGGAGGUGAAAGAGGAGGAUCCCGAUGAGGAGAACGAGAAGGGGAACGAUGGUGAGGAGGACGAGGAUGAAGAGGAGGAGGAGGAGGAUGAAGAUGAGGAAGACGGUGAGGAAGGAGAGGGAGACUCCUUGGCCACGGGACUGAAGGACACCUCUAAAACAAAUGGGCACGUGGUGCUGAGGGGGGAGGAGCUGGGCUUGCGGGGGGCGUUACUCUGCCCCCUGGUGGAGUCGGAGCUCAGCACCACAGACCGCGACGGCUCCGUCAGCUCCUCCUACGAACUCUACAACGGGGAAACGCCCAACCUGGCCAACGGGGGGCGGCACAGAGGCACAUCCCCGCACUACCCGGACCUGCCCCUGGACCCCGCGCCCGGCACCCCGGCCGCCAGCGCCACCGCGCCCCCCCCGCACGCCCCCUCGGACCGCAGCCGCACCGUGUCCUCCUCCAGCACGGGGGACGCACCCAAAGUGAAGGCCCGGGCCGCCGACCUGCUGGUGAACCCCCUGGACCCCCGCAACGCCGACAACCUCAGAGUGAAGAUUGCAGACCUGGGCAACGCCUGCUGGGUGCACAAGCACUUCACAGAGGACAUCCAGACGCGUCAGUACCGCGCCAUCGAGGUGCUGAUCGGGGCCGGAUACAGCACCCCUGCGGACAUCUGGAGCACCGCCUGCAUGGCAUUUGAGCUGGCCACGGGAGACUACCUGUUUGAGCCCCACUCUGGAGAGGACUACUCCAGGGAUGAAGAUCACAUCGCUAUGAUCAUGGAGCUGCUGGGGCCCGUGCCGCGCAAACUGGCCAUCAUCGGGAAGUACAGCCGUGAGUUCUUCACCAAGAAAGGUGAGCUGAGGCACAUCACCAAGCUGAAGCCGUGGUCGCUGUUUGACGUGCUGGUGGAGAAGUACGGCUGGCCCCCUGAGGACGCGGGACACUUCACCCACUUCCUGCUGCCCAUGCUGGAGAUGGUGCCGGAGAAGAGGGCCUCCGCCGGGGAGUGUCUGCGGCACCCCUGGCUCAACUCAUAGCGGCGCCCCCUGCCCCCUUGUGGCAGCCUCCGGAACUGCUACGCCUCACACAGACUGGAGGGAGAGAGGGAAGAGGAUGGAGGGGGGGUGGGGGUGGGUGAGUGUGAUCCACCCCAGUCAGAGACAGACCCCUGGUUUUAAUCUUGCCCCCAUGCACACACGCAGGCAGACGCACACAGCAUACAGGUGAAGCUUUGCCAUGUGCCCUGUGUCACAGAGAGCAGCUGCAGAACAGCCAGCCGGCCCCUCGCCCCUCACCCCUCAUCCCUCACCCCUCAUCCCUCAUCCCUCACCCCUCGCCCCUCGCCCCUCGCCCCUGGCCCUGCAUGUCCGGGCAGCGGGCCAUGGCAGGAGGCUGUCUUGGAGCUUUGAGGUUUUCACCAUCAGGACCAUUUGGACCGGGAUUCUUUCAUUCUGUCUUCCUCACCACACGCCCAGAGGUCAGCCUCACACUCCACUCCCAUCCCAGCCCCCUGUGUGUGGGUCCCUGAGCCACCGCACAGAAAGUCCGCAGGAAACAGAGACAGGGAAGGCAGCAUGAUUAUUAGCCUAGCAGAGCGGGGCAGAAGAUCGGAGCAGUUGCAACAUUGGAACAGCAGGAGGCGCCGGAUAUAAACCCUGGAGACCCAUAGAGGGCUGCGCCGCUGUUGUCUUUCAGAAGAUUGUGUCUUCCAAAACGCCUCCACCUGGAGGAGGAGGAAAACCAGAUGCACAGGAACCUAAGACACAAGGAGAAGCCUGGUCUGUGCGUGGACCUCCCAGCCAACAGGGGGAGCUCCAGGCACAGAGGACGGUGUGAGAGGGGCCUACGUUUGUGUCCAGUGGCAGCAGCUCUCUUGGACUUCCUGAACUGUUGAACUGGAGCUAAAGUGUAACCCUGAUUCCAAGAAAUGACCUGAAACACUGGCCAAAGGGAUACAGCCACCCCAUUCCCCCCACCCCCUUCUCCGCACCCUGCGGUAAAAUCGCUGACCAAUGCUCCUUCCUCCCGUUUCUCCCAACAGAUUUAUCAGUGUAGACACUGUAGCGCGUCGCUUUCACAACACUGACAUCCUAAAGGGACAGUAACCAAAUACUCUUUUUUAACCAGUUGAGCAGUUGUGCUGCUGUGUGGUAGGAAAUAGUUUCAGACGGAGUGCUGAACAUCUGAACAGGACUGGCAGAUUGUGAAUGCACAGCCCAGCCCCCCUCCCCCCUCCCCCCCACGGUGAGGAUGCUAGCAGUGUUGCUGAGCUGCUCAUACCCCACCCUCUCUGCUGCAUGUCAGGCCCCCGCUGAGACCGGCAGCAGGAGAGGACUCUCUCCACAAGCGGGCGCCACAGACAAUGUGAAAAACAAGAAAAAACAGACUGAUCUGACUGCUUUGUCGCGAAGAGGUUUUUGCUCUGAAAUAUUGAAGGCGGAGUGACAGAUGGAAAUGUGGUGGGCAGGUGUUGUUUGCAUUAUUGUAGUUUUUAUGUUUGUUCAUUUUUUCUGUCUUUUUGAUGGGAAAUGGCCACCACUGUUGUUGGUUUGAGGACAUCUAACCACCUUCCUUUGCUGCAUACACCUCCUGUGGUCCCUGUUUUGACCCCUGAUUACACCCCUUCUCUCCCCUAUAAAGCAGCAUGUUUCUGGUAUAACACGCCCCACAUCUUUGCCUAAUUCUUAAACCCUGGACUUCUGAUUGAUUUUUCCAAAAAAGUGUUCUGAGAUGGAGGUUGCACUUGUCUUUGUACAUUUGUUCAGGGAUUGACUGUACAUAAUACUGGGAUACUGACACAUAGUUCAGCUGGAGGACGGACCGAACACAGAGGUCAUUCCAGGAGAGGAGCCCUGGCUGUGUCUCCGAGAUCACCAUGGACACCUGGUUUGUGCCCCCAGUGUUGCAAAGAAGCGAGGGCUACAGUGGCACUCAGAGCUGGUGGCACGUCAAACUACACCACCUAGCGGCUAACAGCAGUACUGCAUCUCCCACACCGGCAGGUCAUAGUGCCAUCGACUCUUCCAUUCCACCUCUGUCAUUAGUCCAGUUGCCUAUUUUUGCAAUAAAUGAGUAUAAGUAGAUGAUGAAAUAUUUUUAAAAUAAACUUAAAUUAAUUUAAAAAAGGAAAAAAGAAAAUAAUUUCUCCGGUGUUGUGACAGUGACCAACUCUCGUCCGCGUUGAGGUGAUUGUGUUUGUCUGUUAGAGAUGUCUUUAUUUCUUUUGUAAUUAUUAUUAUUAUUAUUAUUAGUUAUUUUUUACUCGGAUGUCACUUCCCCCUCUCACCUGAACAGUGCUGCUGUUUUUGGACAUAUGUGUUGGUGAUGAAAUCGAUCAAACCUUUUUUGCAAUAAUGGCGAUUAUGAGAAUGGUUUUGUGCAGCAGCUGCUCCAGAUUGCGUUCUUUCAGCCAUGCCCACUGUUCUUCCCGACAUCGACAGAACCGCGUCUCUUCUUGUCUGUUUUUCAUGGACAGAUUUAAUAAAACUGCAGAUGAA